AUGCUUCCUAAAAUACACAAGGUUGGAAAUCCUGGGCGCCCGAUUGUUUCUACGAUAAACCGUCCCACUGAGCUCAUCAGUCAGUAUUUGGAUAGUAUCUUCUCUCCUAUUGUGAAGGGCCUUCCGACCUACGUAAGAGACUCGUCAGAGAUGAUCCGGACUCUUGAGACUAUCACACUCCCAGAGCAUGGAGAGAAGUUUCUUUUCACUUUAGAUGUCAAGUCUCUCUAUACCAUCAUCCCCCAAUCAGAUGGCCUCAAUGCUAUUCGUUUCUAUCUACGGAGUCAUCAAUCAGCUAACAGACCUGACGAGGACACUAUAGUGCGCUUGACUGACCUCGUUCUCACACGUUCAUCAUUCAGCUUCAAUGGUAAAUACUACAAACAGAAGAAGGGCGUGAAGAUGGGUACUAAGAUGGGACCUUCUUAUGCUUGUCUGUUCAUGGGAUACAUCGAAAGCAGGUUCUUGUCCAAUUACGAAGGCUUGCCAAAACAUCUGCUUCUGCGAAGAUAUAUUGAUGAUUAUCUUGGAAUCGCAGUGUCAUCCAAGGAUGAAGUUAUGGAAUUCAUUGACAGACUUGGCAACAUGCAUCCUUCAGUUCAACUUACCAACGAAGUGUCAGACGCCAGUGUGGCUUUCUUGGACCUCAAAGUCACAAUCGAAGGCACGGGUAUCACCACGUCAGUGCAUUACAAGCUUACUGAUUCCCAUACUUUCCUGAACUACGCAUCUUCACAUCCUCCUGCAUGCAAGAAUUCCAUUCCCUUCUCUCAACUUUCUCGUAUCCGUCGUAUUUGUUCAGAGGAAGAUGACUACAACCAACGAGCAGAUGAAAUGCAACAUUUCUUCAAGCAACGAGGAUACCCGGAUGAGAUCCUGACUAAGGCAGCUAAGAGAGUUGAUACAUCAACACGUGCGGAUUUCCUACAUCGGAGAAACGAAGAGGAGGCUAGCUGA